AUGGAAUUCAAUAACCAGCAGCCAUUUUCAUCAUCAGCAUCAACCUCACUUACUGAUAGUAACCCAUUUCUCUUUGCAAACGAUUUACCUCCAUUUUCUCCCGAUUUCAGCAACUUCAAUUACGACAUAUGGGAAUUUCCACUCUUCCCAUCACAAAGGAGUAAUAGUACUUUGCUUGAAGUUCCUUUGUUUGAAAGCUUUCCAAUAGAACCACUGGAUAUACCAUCUCAAGAUGUUUUGCCAGAGGGUUUUUGCAAUAUUGGAUAUGGAAAUGAGAGUUCUGCAGGAGUUGGUUUUGGUUAUAAAGAAAUGGAAUUAGGGUUUGAAGAAAGGAAAGAGGUUAAUAUCCUGAGGGAUGACAGUAUGAACACUGGAGUUCAACUAAGUAGUAAUAGUAGUAGUACUACUAUUAGUACUAAUCCUUCUUAUAAUUAUGAGAAAGUGAUGUUGAACAUGGAAACAGAAGCAGAGAAGGGAAGAAAUGUGAAGGUGAUGAAAAGAUGCAGAUCAUCAUCUGAUAUUCAAAUAACUGAUAAUGAUACCAUUUUUGCUGUCUCUUCAACAUUUCUGUCUUAUGAAACGAUUUCGAAAUAUUUUUACAUGCCGAUAACACAAGCUGCUAGAGAGCUUAACGUUGGAUUGACUUUGUUGAAGAAAAGAUGUAGAGAAUUGGGUAUUCCCAGAUGGCCUCAUAGAAAGUUGAUGAGUUUACAAACCCUAAUCAAGAAUGUUCAGGAAUUGGAAAAGAAUCAAGAGAAAGCGGGAAAUGGAAACGGUAGGAUGAAGAUAAGAGACGCAGUGGAAGUAUUGGAGAAUCAAAAGAAGUUAAUCGAGGAAAUGCCAGGAAUUCAAUUGGAAGAGAACACCAGGAGACUUAGACAAGCUUGUUUCAAAGCCAAUUACAAGAAAAGAAGGCUUAUGGCUGAUCAGAUGGCAAUGGAUCAGCAUCAUCAUCAACACCACUUCAAGAGCGAAUCAUGUUGA